AGGUGAGUUUCGUAUAUUAAGACCGAUCUUCAAGAGUCUAAGUUGUCGGAGAUGAUGCACUGCCGUUACGUAUACAACGUCUCAGCCAUCUCGUGCUCCACAGGUCUCCCCGGUUUCGAGUAAUCUCAUAUUCGAUGCGCUCCUAGAGCCACUUAUCUCAUCACUAGUGUCAUAGUAUAGCCGAAAGGGCAUUGCUGGUGAUUUAGAGUUAAUAAAUCGACCCAACGCCGCCUACAUCUCCAGUUGGAUAUCCACCAAGUCUCCGCAAAUAUGUCAACGUACACGGUACCGUUCGUUAUUGAUGGCGAGGAACGCCUCGUCGAGAAGACCUUCGACGUGACAUCACCUAGCACCGGCAAGGUCUUGCAUAAAUGUAGUAUAGCAACAGAGGCAGAAGCUAUCACAGCUGUCGAGGCCGCCGCAGCUGCUGGUCAUCAAUGGCGAAAUACGCCCGUAGCCGAGCGCCGAGAUAUUUUCCUCAGAGCGGCUGAGAUCAUGAGCAAUAGAAAAGAGGAACUAGCCACGUAUAUGAUCGACGAAGUUGGGGCGGCAAGCAGCUGGGCCGACUUCAAUAUCAACCUCACCAUUGAUAUGUUCAAGGAUGUGGCGGGACGGGUGGCUGCUGUGGAAGGCACCAUUCCUCCGUGUGCGCCGGGUAUCACAGCUCUGGUCGUGAAGGAACCGUACGGUGUUGUGUUAGCAAUGGCGCCUUGGAACGCACCGUAUAUCUUGGGCACCCGCUCGGUGCUCUUCCCGAUUGCGGCUGGUUGUACAGUUGUUUUCAAGGGAUCUGAGUUGGCGCCACGUAUUCAUCACGCUAUCCUGUCCAUUCUCAACGAGGCCGGCCUACCUAAAGGAGUAGUGAACUACAUAGUAACCGAUCUGGCCCACGCGCCAUCCGUUACGGAGUCUCUGAUUGCAAACCCACAUGUCAAAAAGAUCAACUUCACCGGAAGCACGGCGGUGGGGAAGAUCAUCGCAAAGAUUGCGGGUCAGCACCUAAAACCUCUCGUUCUAGAACUUGGCGGCAAGGCACCAGCUAUCGUAUGGGAAGAUGCCAACUUAGACAUUGCUGCAGAGCAAUGCACUCUAGGCGCAUUCUUCUUCUCCGGGCAAGUCUGUAUGAGCACGGAGAGAAUAAUCGUGCAUAAGAAGAUCAGCGGAGCAUUCAAAGAGAAGUUGGUUGCAACCAUAGAGAACAUCUUCCCAUCGAAAAGUGAUGCCUUGGUCUUGAUCAACGCUCGAAGUGUUGAUAAGAAUAAGAAUCUCUUAAAAGAUGCGAUUAGUAAGGGUGCCGUUCUCCUCAACGGAGAUGUGGACGCCGCAGAGAGCUCAAAGACUAGAUUGAGACCAAUAGUCGCCAGCAAGGUGACACCAGGCAUGGACUUGUACAAGCAAGAAUCAUUUGGCCCAACGGUAAGUCUUAUUGAAGUUGAGACCGAAGAAGAGGCGCUGCAAAUAGCCAACGAUACUGAGUAUGGCCUCACAUCCGCCGUCUUCACCGAGGAUCUCAAGGUUGGCCUGCGGUUUGCACGAGGCAUAGAGACCGGGGCAGUUCAUAUCAAUAAUAUGACCAUUCACGACGAGACGGCAUUGCCGCAUGGAGGAAGUAAGGAGAGCGGAUACGGGCGAUUCAACGCCCUGACUGGGGUGGAAGAAUGGGUUAGAACGAAGACAAUCACCUGGAGAAACUAGCAACUUUACAAGUGUAUAGAGAACGUAACUAUCGCAAAUUUAUAAGAACGAAGUACUAGAUAAGAAACAGAAAAUAAUAUUCCGGCGUUCGAAUCUUCGAAGGUCGUUAGCGAUAGUUCUCUAAAGACCUAAAAUAAAUGAUGUAAGGGAGAAAUCAUGCUAUAUUGAGUUCAACGUCUAACAAGACCAAUAUCG